AUGGUGUCGGCGACGCGGGUGGCGGUAGUGCUGGUAGUGUGGGGGGGAAUGGAGCGGGUGAUGCGGGCGGCAGUUGUGCCGGUAAUGCGGGCAGAAGUUUUGCCGGUAAUGCGGGUGGCAGUGGUGGCUGUGGUGGCAGUGGUGCAGGCUGCAAUUGUGCUGUUAGUGCGAGCGGCGAUGGUUCUGUUCGUGCGGACACCAGUGGUGCUGGUGGUGCGGAUGGUGGUGACGCCGGUGGCGUGGGUGGCCGUGUUCAUUGUGAUGCGGUUGGCAGUGAUGCCACUGACCGCUUGCCAACCUCCCCCCCUGCCAACUCCCCCCCUGCCAAACUUUCCCCCGCUGUCUCUCUUUCUGCCACCUUCCCCCGCUCUCUCUGCCACUUUCCCCACCUCUCUCUGCCACCUUCCCCUCUCCCUCUGCCACCUUCCCCCUCUCCCUCUGCCACCUCCUGUGCCAAACUUCCUUACCCCUUCCUGCCAACCUCCCACUCUCUCCCAACCUCCCCAACUCCCUCCUCCAAACGCCCCCCACUCUGCCAACAUUUUCUCACGCAAUCUGCCAACCGUUAUCUCAAGUCCUCUCCCAAUCGCUUUGCUGACAUCCCUCCCCUCCCUGCCCACGUUCUCCUCUAAUGCCCACCUUAUCCCCUCGGCCAACCUUCCCCAUCCGAAUCACUGCAAAGGUCCAUCCCCCUCCUCCCCCCUUCCCUCCCCCCUCCCCACCCCAAUCUCUACCGACCUCCUUAUUCCCUCGUUGCCAACAUUCCCCUCUCCCUGUCAACCUCUUCCCCUCUCUCUCUGCCAACCACCUCCCUCCAUCCCAACCCCCUCUCCCUCUGUGCCUGCAUGCCAUCCCCCAUCCCUGCCUAGCUUCCCUCAAACCCCUCUGCCAUACUACUACCCUCGCACCUACCGACCGACCCUGCCAACCUCCCCCCCCCCCCCCCCCCCCCCCCCUCCAUCCAUUGGGGAUGGUGGUUACCUGAAGAGGCGGCAGCAUGCCGGACAGUUGGUGCAGCAGCGUGAUGGGCAUGAAAGAACGCCGCAUGAGGACCCGCAAUGGCUGUAG